AUGCUGCAGGUGGGGCUCAGCCUGCCCCGCUCCCCCGGGGGCGCGGCCGCCGCCUUCCCCAUGGCCGAGCCGGCCGCGGCCGAGGACACGGGCACCGGGCAAGCAACUGAGCACAGCCACGAUAAAAACAUCCGAGAGUUAAUGAGUGCGCUAAUUGACUCGAUCCCUGCGCGGAGGAGCUCAGACUCUGCUCUUCGCAGCGCCGGGCUGGCGCUGCCCGAGCCCUGCCUCGGGGCCGGCCCUGAGCUGAUGGGAGCGGGACAGGGCAAAGCCUCUAACCCUUCCCUUUUUAGGGGAGAACAAAGAAACCCGGGACGUGGCUGGGAGACCGGAACACCCUCAGCCAGGGUGAAACCCUGCUGGUGGGGCAGUGAAAGGUGGUCAAUAAAAGCUCUUUGUCCUACAGAGGUUCUUGGCUCAUCCCCGAUCACCAUCGUGGUCACGUCCGAGGCUGACACCUGGGACAUCGACACCUCCUCCUGCCUGGGCUGCGGGCAGUUCGUGGACUGGGACAAGAUGCCGGAGCCGCAGCAGGCGGCGCAGAUCCCGCGGGACGUGCUGGACAGGCCCCCGAAGGAGCUGAAGAGGCUGGCGAGGGAAGGCUGCUGGGGCUGGAGCCACGCGGGCCGGGCCCGGCUCUACCCCCGGCUCAUCCAGCGGGUCCCCUGCCGCCUCGUCACCCCCGACGCGCUCGUGUACAGGGACGUGGCCGGCCGGCUCUUCGGGAAGCCCAGCGUGAGCUCCCACCCUCUGCCCGAGUUCCUGGAGGGCUGCCCCAUGCCCACCUACUGCCUCAACCCGCACGGGGUCACGGCCCUGAAGAAGAUCCUCAUCUGCGUGGGCACCCUGUUCCCCGACAUCACGCACAGCCCCCUCCUGCCCGCGCUGGCGGCGCUGCUGCUGCACUACAGCGAGGACGAGGCGCAGUGCUUCGAGAGCGUCUCUCGCCUCAUCGCCAGCAACGCUCCCCACGCCGGCUACAUCGACCAGUCCUUCCUGGCCCACCAGGCCUCCUGCAUGACCUUUGGGGACCUGGCCAACAAGCACUGCCCGGCAGCCCACAAGCUCAUAGCCAGCGCCGCCGAGAACGUCCUCGAGGUCUACUCGGAGUGGCUGUCGUGGCUCUUCCCCGGGCUGCCCUUCGGCUACGCCGUGCGGGUGCUGGACGUGUUCCUGCUGGAGGGCCAGAAGGUGCUGUACCGCAUCGCCCUGGCCCUGCUCAAGCAGUUCCGGCUCUCGGUGGCCCCGGCCGGGCUGCAGGGCUCUGACAUCAAGGCAGAGCUGCAGGCUUUCGUGAGGAACAUCGCCCAGCACGUGUCUGUGGACAAACUCCUGGAGAGAGCCUUUGGCAUCCGCCUGUUCUCCCGCAAGGAGAUCUGGCUUCUGCAGAUGGCCAACAGGAAGGCGUUGAUGGAGAGGGGCAUCACCGUGGUGCAGAAAAGGCCGUCCUUCCACCUGGCUGUGGACAUGCAGAACUUCAGCUCCAGCAUUGUCACGGCACAGGAGAUGCGCCUGGUCUGGUCCUGGAUCCCUGAGCGCUUCUCGCUCUUCCCCCCGCUGCUGCUCUUCUCCACCUCCGAGGACGGCUGCAGCCUGCAGAGGUUCUACACGUGCUGUGAAGGCUACGAACCCACGGUGCUGCUCAUCAAAACCACCGAGGGGGAGGUGUGUGGGGCGUUUCUCUCCUCCGACUGGAGCGAAAGGAAGAAGAGUGGAGCCACGUCGGGCUUCUUUGGGACAGGGGAGUGCUUUGUGUUCACUGUGCGCCCCGAGGCAGAGAGGUACGAGUGGGUGUUCAUCAAGAAGCCGGAGCUGGCCAAGGCCGUGCCGCGCUCGCCUUCCCCCGCUCCCGAAGCCCGGCUCGGCCCCUCCCGGGACAGCCGCAGCUCCAGCCCCAACCACCUCGCCGUGCCCUCGCCGCAGAGGAGAGGCCGCCUGUCCCCGUUCCUGGCCGUCAGGCACUUCCUCCUGCCCUCCAAAACCGCCUCCAUGUUCAUGUCUGGCUCCCGGGACGGGAUCGUUAUCGGUGGAGGGGGAGGCCAAGCCCUGUCCCUGGACGCCAGCCUGCUCUGGGGACACACGGAGCACUGCGAGACCUUCGACAACCCCCCGCUCUGCCAGGAGAACUUCCAGGUGCAGCUCUUGGAAGUGUGGGGCUUUCAAAGCGCGUAGUUCCCGUGGGGACACCCCUCGUGUGCCACCCACGGGCACGGGGACCCCUCCCCGCGCUGGCCACCCCGGCCGGGCUGUGGCAACCUGUGCGGCAGCUCCACUCUCCAUCGUCCCCUCCGCGGUCAGACCA